ACGCAACACCCACGAGCUCGUCAGCCGUCAAAUAUUGGAAGAAAAUGGACGCUUCUAACUUCAUUUUGCCUCUUGUAGACAUAUCAACUUUUAGAGACGCUCGGUCGUAGAAGAAUUACAUUGAAACAGCGUCGGUGUUCACACACGCUGCAGCCCUGCCGCGCUAACAAAAACGCUUAAAACGGACUUGUCACGUGAUCAAUCUUGACCAAUCGCCGAGAGCCAAGCCCGGCGGAAACAAGUGCUGCUCUUUGUUUGGACUUUUUUUGGGGGGGCGCGCGAUCAUACUUUCCAAACUUGAUCGAUUUCGUCAAGAAUAGAUUGUGGCAGACGCGCGUGGGACGCUUCUUAAAAAGGACACGUCGUGGGUCCAUUUGUGGUGGCGUAGUUUGAGUCAAAGACGUCCUUGGCGCUGUCUCGUCACGUGACUCCCCUCCCCCACCCGUCCUCGAGAAUGGGAGAAGAAGGCGGACAUGUUGGAGGGAAUGUGUUGGUUAAAAAGUAUCCAGUUGGAAGAUAGGAAGAUAUUUUGACGACAGGCUUCGCAUUGUCUUUGGACUUAACAAUCGGCGUUUGUAAUUAUUUUAUCAUUACGACUUUGGUGGUAUACUUUUGACAUCUACUUAUUUGUAUUAUUACUUAAACGUAACAUUUGUAUGCCGAAUUUUAUUUUCUACAGUUUGUCAGUGGAGAUUUUUUUAGUUGUCGCCGUCUAGAUUUAGUUGUACUUUUCAGGGCAUGUUGAGUGAUAUUGUUGAGAGGCUCUAACCUUGGAGUGGGGGAUGGGCGCAGGUGAUUGAGCAACCGUUUACACUUUGUUGCUAAUAGUUUUUGUUUAGUUGACUUCCAGUUUGUGUGCAUUGGUCCUAUCAAAUGUUUGUCCUUAAGGAGGUAAUGUCUUGUAGUUGUGUAACACCUUCUUGUAAUCUUGAAAGCGGCUUCCAAAGUAGUUUCAAGGCUGUGAUAAAAUUGCUGCGACAUUCUGUUGUUCCGUGUGCCCUCAUGUGUAUUUCGCUGUCGUCUGAUAUGUUGAUGAAGGCUUCAUUGGCUAAAGAUGUUAGAACAUGUCUUUUUUUUUUUUUUUUUUAACCAUUAUUCCCUUUGUUCACCACGCGGGACUGCUCUAGCCUGUCCUGUUUCGUGUUACGCGUGCUACAAAAACGAAUAAUGGCGUAGUGUCGGUGCGUUUAUGACAUUUAAAACAUGUUUCUGUGUGUUCGGUGGUGGUUUAUUGCAGUUUCUGCGUAUAAUUCGACGAUUGAACAUGACAUUGUCGUGCUUAAAGAUGGCGACCGGCGUACCUCUGCGCAUGUAAAAUGCGGCUCUUCUGGUAAGUGGGGCGGGGCCAAAGCGCUGGGAUUUGCGCGUGACCCGAAAGCUCAACCAAUGGGAUUGUAGCUGUAACCUCAAAAGCCCGCGUUGCUUGUCUAUUGGCCAAUCACCGCUGUCGAUUUGCAUACAUUGGCGUAAUGUAAGCUAUAGAGGCACUUUCCACGUCCUUGCAAUCAGUGACUGUGGCCGUUUUACCGAAAAGCAAAGCGUAUCUUAAAUCCGAAAACAAGUCUUGAUCAACACCGAUGUGCAACUUUACAGUAAAGAGACUGCUUUGAAUUUGUGGAAUUCAAAGACUUCACAGGCGUUGUCGGGUGUGGUGACGUUGACUGGCAACACCAGGAGCCAAUAGAAACUGAAAGGGCGUGGACGUUUCGAGCACGCGUGGCCAAUCGGGUCCGUUGUUGGUCUAUAAAGUAGCGGGUGUAACUAUUCAGGCGCCAUUUCCACGAAGCAGGAGAGAGGAACGUUUCCACUGGAGGGAACCGGUAAUACGAAACGGCAGAGGAACGGAACCGGAUCCUGGCUUGAGUUUAGCAAAACACAAUCCGGAUCCAUCCUGAUGGAUAUGGCCGUUAACCCGCUCAUUGACAGCUCGCAUGGUGGGGUUGAGGUUGGAAUAAUGGGGCUCACAGCAAUGGACCAGAGUUCUGCCAAUGCUGGCAAACGGAUCCGGAAACCUUCCCUGCUUUUUGAGGGCUUUGAGAGUCCCGGAAUGCCCUUGUACAGCCAGGCAACUCACUUGGGGCCCGCACAGCCUGCGGUCAAAGACCCUGGUCGUGCGGGGAAGAUGACCAACCAGCUCCAGUUCCUACAGAAGGUCUUGCUGAAGUCUUUGUGGCGACACCACUUUGCCUGGCCCUUUCACGAGCCUGUGGAUGCAGUCAAGCUCAACUUACCCGACUAUCACAAGAUCAUCAAGACGCCCAUGGACAUGGGCACCAUUAAGAAGAGGCUAGAGAAUAACUUCUACUGCAGUGCCAGUGAAUGCAUGCAGGACUUCAACACCAUGUUUACCAACUGCUACAUUUAUAACAAGCCAUCUGAUGACAUCGUCUUGAUGGCACAGUCGCUUGAGAAAGCUUUUCUGCAGAAAGUGGCUCAGAUGCCCCCUGAAGAGAUCGAGCUCGCUCCUCCCCCUCCGCGCAGCAGGUCCAUCAAAGUGGGAAAGAAGGGCAGAGUGUCAGGAGGAAUGACCACCGCUCACCAGGUCCCAGCAGUUUCUCAGUCUGUGUACUCGCCACCCACUCCGGACACCCCUGAAUGCAUCAUCUCCAUCCCUCCACAGACCAUCUUGAACAAGAACCUCCAGUUGACCCUGCCAAGUGAGCACAGCAUCCCCGCCGUGACUGGCAUACUCCCCACGCAGCCCACUGCCAAGAAAAAAGGUGUCAAGCGGAAAGCAGACACGACCACACCCACCACCGUAGCCAUGCCCAUCAUGAGUGCUGUGAGUGGCAUGGGGAUGGGGAUGGGGAUGGGUCACGACUCCCCGCUCACCCUCAGCGCUCUAGGGGUGGUGGACCACAACUCUGACCUGGGCCUUAGCCAGGGCCUGGCCCUCAGUCAAGGCUUGGGGCUCAGUCCAGGCCUGAGUCUCAAUCAGGGCCUGGGCUUCAGCCAGGGCCUAGGAAUGAGUACAGCCCACGGGGCGGUCACGAUGGGUGGCAAAGCAGCCGCGGGAUACAGGAGAGGAGUGAGCGGACGGCCCAUCAAGCCACCCAAGAAGGAUUUGCCCGACUCCAUCUUGACAACGCCGGUGCGUCGCAGCAAGCUGACCCCCCAGCUGCGCUACUGCAGCGGGGUCCUGAAGGAGCUGCUGUCCAAGAAGCAUGCCGGCUACGCCUGGCCCUUCUACAAGCCCGUGGAUGCUUCCUCGCUUGGGCUCCAUGACUACCAUGAAAUUAUCAAGCAGCCCAUGGACCUCAGCACCAUCAAGAGGAAGAUGGACAGCAGAGAGUACGUUGACGCUCAGCAGGUAGCUGCAGAUGUCAGGCUGAUGUUCUCCAACUGCUACAAGUACAACCCCCCCGAGCACGACGUGGUAGCCAUGGCUCGAAAGCUCCAGGAUGUCUUUGAGUUCUGCUUCGCCAAGAUGCCCGAUGAGCAGCCGGCGCCCCCCAGCUCGUCCUCUUCCUCAUCAUCCUCAUCUUCCUCGUCGUCCGAGAGUGAGCCGAGCAGCGAGGAGAGUGAGAGCGAAAGCAGCCAAAGUUCCGAUUCUGAGGAGGAGCGAGCCAACCGCCUGGCGGAGCUCCAGGAACAGCUAAAAGCCGUCCAUGAGCAGCUCACUGCGCUCUCCCAGGGGCCCAUAGUGAAGCCCAAGAAAAAGAAAGAGAAGAAAGACAAAAAGAAGAGGAAGAAGGGCGACAAGCAUCGGAAGCUAGACGAGGAGUUGAUGCUCAUUAAGCCUGCGAAACCCCCCAAAGCCAAAACCCCAAAGACCAAGAGCAGCAAGGCAACGGGCGUUUUGAUGCCAAUCAAAAAGGCUCCGAGCAAGAAAAACAGCAAGAGCAAGUCCAAAAAGGGUGGCAUGAUGUUCAACAUGCCUCAAGCUGUCCCAGAACCCAUAAUCCCUCAUUUUGACUCAGAUGAGGAGGAGGAGACUGCGCCCAUGUCGUACGACGAGAAGCGCCAGCUCAGCCUGGACAUCAACAAGCUGCCCGGUGAGAAGCUGGGCCGCGUGGUCUACAUCAUUCAGUCACGCGAGCCGUCGCUCCGCGACACCAACCCCGAGGAGAUAGAGAUCGACUUUGAGACACUGAAGCCGUCGACGCUGCGGGAGCUGGAGCGAUACGUCAUGACGUGUCUGAGGAAGAAGCCCCGCAAGCCUUAUGCAAUAAAGAACAGCGCCGGGAAGUCUCGUGAGGAGCUGGCUUUGGAGAAACAACUGGAGCUGGAAAGAAGGUUGAUGGACGUCAGCGGGCAGCUCAACUCUGGGAAGAAACCCCCAAAAGCCAAGCUGGAGAAACCCGCCACCGAGUCCAGCACUCAGCCGUCACGCCUCAGCGCCAGCAGCUCUUCCUCAGACUCCUCCUCUUCCUCCUCGUCUUCCUCAUCCUCUGACACCAGCGAGUCCGACUCCGGCUGAGAAGCAAAAAGCUCCCUUUUUUUUUAAACGGGGGACAUGUGACAGACCCCGCAUGCACCACUUCCUGUUAAGUGGACUGGACUGGAGAGGCACAGCAGGCCAAGGUGGCACCAGGCCCGGUGGUCCGACUGUCAGACCAGGAGAGUUGGCGCCUUCCCGCCCUCGGCUCACUUGUCUGUCUGUGUGAGGGACAUGAGACGAUCGCUGACGGGAAGCGGGCAGCUCGCUUUGGUCCAGGGAGUUCCUCAGCAAGGGAUGCAUCAUCUGGAGAGGAGCGCCGCAUGUGUUAGGGGAGGGGGUGGGGGGGGGGGGAUUAUGGGUGCUAGAACCAGAGUCCGUUUUACUUCUGGGCAUGAUUUCCCUUCUUACCGUGUUGGCUGUCUUGACGGUGUGUAGAUGUUCUGUACAGUUAUAGAACAGUUGUACAGUUAUAGAACUCUUUUCUUUUAUAAAGAAGCAUUUUACUUUUUCCCUCUGUGGGAAACUGGUGUGUUGCAGAAGCAGACGGAGAAGUGUGUGUGUGUGUGCGUGUGUGUGCGCGCGCGCGCGUGCGUGUGCGUUCAGCCUGGUGGAGUUUUUCAUAGUUUUGACGCAGGCGUUAAAAAGGGGGCGUCCAUGUUAGUGCACCGUGGAUGAGUAGGCUCCACGUGUGUGCUAGCAUGUGGUGUGCUGCUAAGUUGGUAUUUCUCCUCCCAUGUUAGUUUUCUGUUGCCCUGUACACUUUUUUUUUGCUCCCUGUGACCAAUUUCCUAAUAAAAAAAAAAAAGCUCAGGGGGUGCCCAAAUUGUUUGUGUUAGCGUCAUGUUUUGAUUUGGUUUGGGGCGUCUGUGUAGGCUCUCAGUCGUACAGGAGUUGUCCAUCGAGGAAAAGGCUUCUUGAGACGUCAUCUGUACUUCUGUGAAGAAGGUGUCGGACGUUUCGCUCCUCUACACUGUAAAGAUGAGGAAUGCAAAGAGCACUACAUUGGGGAAACUAAGCAAAUGCUCCAAAAAAGGCUUUGUCAACAUCGCAGGGACAAUGCUAGUGGUCCUCAAUCAGCAGUACAUCUACACCUGAAAGCUAACCACCACUCUUUUCAGGACAGCGAGGUAAAGAUUUUGGCCAAAGAAAACAGAUGGUUUGAAAGAGGAGUAAAGGAAGCUAUUUUUGUCAAACAACAGAACCCAUCAUUGAAUCGGAAUGGUGGUUUGAGGUUUAAUUUGGACCCUGUGUUCAGCAGGUUACUGAGACCAAAACCCACAGCUCUUAGUCUUGCAAAUGAGGUGGAGCCAGGGCCGAGCCAGAACAAUAGAUGCUAACGAGCCAGUAUCAAGAGUCGUUCAUACCCAAUUCAGGGAGCGACACUUCCCUUUUAUCGGAGGUGCUAAUAACAGGAUAGGAUUAUACCACUACUCCGCCCAGGCUUAGUGUAAGGAACCAAUAGGAGGAGGUUGUUGGCACACCAAUUCCUCCCACUCUUACUGUAUUUAAGGCCUAAGCUACCAGCACUUAUUAGUUUGCUGACGAAGCUCUUCGGAUGAGGAGCGAAACGUCCGACACCUUCUUCACAGAAGUACAGAUGACGUCUCAAGAAGCCUUUUCCUCAUUUGGUUUGGGGGGUUUUUCUUACUUUGUUCAGCUGCUACCUUACGCUCCUAUUACUCAAUAUAGUCGACAUAAUAGGAAAUAAGACAAUAUAGACUCGUGCGGCAUUGGGAGAGGCUUUUUUUUUUUUUUUUUUUUUAAACUACUGUUAGUUUCUGUGGUGGCUAUUGUCUCAUUAAUGUAACAUUGAGGCCGACUGACCAUAUAUAUAUAUAUAUAUAUAUAUAUAUAUAUUAUACAACAGCUUGAUGCGAGUUUAACUGCUUCAUUUCAACUUGUGGGCUUGCCUUAUUUAUACUCCAAUACUGUACAUUAUGUACACUUAGUUCCUAGUUCAUGCAAGGGCUAACUUUGUCACACAGCUUCUGCGACGUCACGUGUUGUGGUAGUUAUUUUUUAAAUGAAUGAACAUAAAUGGUCAACAACCAUACUUCAUAUAUGUAAUAUAUUAUGAGGUUGUUUUAAGAGUGACUCUUGUUAAAAGACUUGGUUAGCAUGGGGACGUUUCUGUCGUCUUAUGACAUCCACCAAGACUGAACUACGUAAAAACCUACGCAAUGCGCGUAGCGCAGACGUAAACAUCUUAUUCGGUUGCGUGUGAUAUACGUAAAAAAAUAGAACAAAACACAUAGAAUGCGCUGAUAUUUCAAUGUAAACAACCAUAAACAGAGAGCAAUGAUGGCUUCAUAUAGAAGAUUAAGAUGGAUUUUUUUUCUAAAUUGUCCACUUGCACCAUGGACAUGAUAGAAGAAAAAAAGAUUAUGUUUUUAUUUAUCACAUUUCUAUCUAUCUUAAUAACGUUUUUGGGAGUGGAGGGGAGACGUAUUUUGCUUGCUGCUGUAAAAUAGAUCGACGGGUGGUGCAGAUUACGCAUGCCUAACGUGUGAUUGCCGAAAAAUAGACCGACCGGUUGGAGACGUUUUCUGCACAUGCGUAGUACACAGUUGAACCGAUUGCGUUCCGGGUACGUAUUGCGCAGUGACACUGCGCACUCACCACUGUGGAUAACAAAGUGAAAGAAGUGUCAUUUAAAAUGAUUCACCGAUGUUAUCCAGUUAAAUCAUUCUUUAUCAAAUUCAAGUAUGAUGAUUUCGAUCUGAGACUGUUGUUCAUCUGUUUUGGAAAUGUCAAUAUACCCGUAAACCGUGGCAAGAUUUAUUUUAGAUCAUAUCUGCUGUGAUUUUGAGCUCCUCCUGCAAAAAGUCCUUUUUGGCUUCGUAAAGAAUGAUGCUCCAGCUGACAACGAAUAUUUUUUAAUUAAUCUCAUUUUAAUUCUUGCAAAAUUCUUCAUCCACAAACGUAAACUUGCCAAAGUGAAACCCCUUUUUUAUGUUUUCAUGAAAGACCUGAAGCUGUACUUCAAAUUAAUAUCCUCUGCUAAUAACAAGAAAGCUAUCAAGACAGUAAAUCUGUGCUCCCACUUCAAUAUCCUUAAUUCAGUUUAAUUUCCAUUGCUCAUGUCCCCUGGUGUAUCUUACUUUCAUUAUUAUUAUAAUUAUUAUCUUUAUUUUUUAUCUUUAUUUAUUUAUCACUUUUCUGUUACGUUUUGAUUUAUUUAAUCGCUGUUAAUCGCAACCCCUUAAUGCCGAUGGUUUGAUUCACUGUUAGUAUAAUUUG